AUGUGUGCUAUACUGCAAUACCCCCCUGAACUGCUAUUCACUAUAUGCGAAUAUAUUUAUGCAGCCGGCUUACCACCUUCCGAGUAUGCCAGUUCUCUCGAUCCACUCGCAAUUGGCGAGUUUGGAGCGCCAACUGCCCUACCUUCUUCUAUGCCACCCCCAAAUUGGAGCGAGCCAGAAGCACGAAAAACCCUUUCUCAUCUCUGUUUGGUAAACCAUGCGUGGUAUGAAGCUGCUAAGCCAUGGCUGUGGCACAAAAUCGAGGUUCGUCUGCCCAGGAGUUGGCUCGCUCUCCUAGACGAGAUCACAACAGACACCGAAGACGAUGAAAAGGCUGCCUUGGCCGUCAAAGAAUCUAUUCAAGCAGCCACUCACGCUGCUCUAGCUAGUAGCGCUGUGCGUACUGGCGCAUCUUCUGACGAGGAUGCAGUUAGGAAGUGGAAGGAAAGCAUCAUGGAGUCUUUGAGUGGCCCAGAUGGUUCCAUUCCUCCAGAGCUGUUGACGCCUCCAGCAUCUCGCGACUCAAGUCCCAGACGUAUUAGGCCAAAGAGUAAAAGCCCGGCUCGGUGGAAGAUCAUGAGGACAAUCAGUGACGCCGUUCAAAAUGUUAUGGAUCUUACUGAACCCGGGGUUUAUGUCCCGAGGCUUCAUGAUCCUCGUCCUGGUCGGUUUGUCCGUCAUCUAGACUUCAAUCACUUUCGUACCAUCGGAAUGCGUCGUUCCGUAGAAGACACUGCGACUAGUCGUUUCGUGACCGGCGAACGUGUUGAAGCAUUUCUGAAGGAACUUCCAAACCUAACUGCUUUCGGCGCCACGGAGUACAUGGAUGGUGCUCUGUCGUUGCCCGUUCUAAACGAACUUUUGCUUCGUGGUUCUGCUUCGAGAGGAGGGGGUCGCCCCACUCGUGGACGAGGAAUCGUGACAGAAGAUCCAGAAGAAGAGGACCGCGAAAGAAGGAGAGAGUGCAAGGACCUUCAGGCCAUGGACCUUACUGGCUGCGUCAGCGCAGUUUUUGUAAGCGCCCUGACAGAGUUCGUCAACACGCAUCUUCUUCAAGAGGAUGAACAGUCUAGUGGAAGUGACGAUGAAAGUCGACGUCAGAUUAGACGUGCUCGUGCUCGGUUUAUGCAAGAAGAGCCACUCACAUUUCCAGGGCUUCAGCGCCUUGGACUUCGUGGCGUGAAAUCGAUUCAAUCUCGAAUCCUGAUGCCUUUUGUCCUCGCAUUCCCUUCCCUUACUCACCUUGAUCUCUCCGCUACCCGAGUCGCACCGGAAUUACUUACUGCUCUCAGGGGCUCAACCGUUCGCCUGCAUUCGCUUGCGCUGGCUCGGUGUGUUCACCUAACUGGGUCCUGUAUCAGAGAUUUCCUCGUUCAUGCACCGGCAGCAGCGCGAAUCCGGGAACUCACGCUAUAUGGUGACCAAACAUUCCCAUCUCCCCUCACCACGGAUGAUCUUAUGGAAAUAAUAUCUUCUGCCCCGUGUUUCACCUCUGGUGAACUUACCUACCUUGAUCUCUCAAGCGCACCUGUGACUAAAGAGCUUCUCGUUGACGUCUGCAAGCCGCAGCCAAAGCUGCGUUCGCUUGGUCUAUCAUAUAUUCCUGAUCUAGAAUUAAACGUCAUCGCUCAAUUUUUAAAGAGCAAAGCUGUGAAUGUUGAGGUACUCACGCUUGUCCAGACUAGUCCUGAUCUAGAUUGGGGCAGGGUUGGGCCUGGCGCACCUCGAGGCUCAGCACAACAGGCGAUGAUGGCUUUACACACUCAAAUUAUCGGGCCGCUGUGCACGCCCCCCUACAUGUCCACUCUACGUUCGCAGGCGGUUGUAAUACCUCCUUAUCCUACGCGACUUCGGGUGAUUGAGCUUUCCGCACCUGCCCUUGCUGCCCUCGGCGCUGGCGCCGCAUCCUGGAGAAUAAUAAGAAGUAAAGGUGGUCGAGGCUGGUAUGUCGACACGGCCAGUGGCUGGGUUGGCGCGGGGCUGCAACGAAACCUUCCCAAAGCGCAUCCAUUUCGUGUUCAAAUGUGUCGCCUAGCAGAUGCUAAUGGAAACGUAAAUAGCGGCAUUGGAUGGCACGCGAGAAAGAUGGAAGUUUUACAUGGUUGUGGCAUGUUGGGACGUGAGGACGGCUUGUACGGUGCUGUGUCGUUUGCUUAUCAGGGAUAG